AGUAGAUCAAUUGAUUAUUAGGUACGUUUCUUGUUGACAAACAUAAAAAAAAAUUAGGUAAGUUCAAAUGAUGAAAAUCAAACGUGUAGUUGCGAUCAUACCAAUGUUUUUUUGAUGAAUAAAUAAGAUGACACAUGUAGUUUUUUGGUUUAUAAAAAAGACAAAAAAAAAGAGAGUUGAUUUUACGUUUUUUUUUUUCCGUCAAGGGUGUUAGUUGAUUUUACGUUUUGUUUUGUUUUGUUUGUCAACAUUUGAUUUGAUAUUGUGUGGCUGGCUAUUCUUUCUUUCGGAUUAAACAAAAAGAAACAUAUGGGCCUCAUAUUGGGCCCAAACAUUGGAGCUUGAAUCUUAGCAAGAAGCAGAGUAAAAUGGCGUUUCGCUGUUCGUCGUCGUCGUCUCUCACAAGUUCAUGCUCUAUCUCCAUUUUCAGCGAGUCAAACACACAUUGAUUCCCGUCGUCUCCUUCCCAGCUGUAGGUUCCGGUUACGUUCGAUCUCUGCCUUACACAUAUGUGCUUCCAGCGAUCGACAGGUCAGCGAUCGUAAUAUCCGAAACGGCGUCGGAGGAGCUUUGGGCUGCAGGCUGCAGCUUGCCUCCGCGUGCGGACAUUCAGAGAAUUGAAUGCUUCGUCUUACAACAUACAAAGGACAGAGACUUGUUGUGGGGGGAGCCUUUAUCUUCUUAACCAAUGCCGUUCGCUUCCUGAUGAAAUCGUCCCUGGAACAAAACCAGAGGGGGUUUAAUAUGGAUUUUGCUAGGGCGUACUUGAGCAACGUCUGUGUUGCGAAAGUGCUGCAUCGUAACGGAGUUGGUUACAAACUCAUUGAAACGUCUAAAGGAGUUGGUAGAGAAAUGGGCAUCGAAGAGGCUAUACAUGAAAAAUGGGUUCGAGCAGAGAGCGCUGAGCCGGCGUGGCAAGCUACAGAUCACAACGGCUCCUCCUCUGGCUUUCCCUCCCAAUCCUGAUUCCUGAACCAUGUCCAGAUAUAUAAAACAGAGGAAAGCGCUUGGGAAAAUAUGAAAGGCUUAGAAAUGGUGGUGACGUCUUUCUCUUCAACUCCGCCUAUCUUCUUCUCCUUUGGAGCUGAUUCUCAGCUUUCAUCUUUCAAUCUCCAUGGACGCAUCACG